AUGGAACUUCUUCCCAAAUUGGUUGGUGAUGUGAUCACUACACCUCGGAGGAACAUUUCAGGGUCAUAUUUCAUCCCCGAACACAAAUGGGUCAUUCUCAAAAAGGUGAAUGAGUGUCCAACGACGAUUAGCCAAAAGGACUUUGAGGAUGGCAUGGGUCCCGCAUUCACCGCUGGAAAAUAUCGGUGUCGCCUUGCAGGUGCCGGCAACGAGAACAAAUUUGCCCUUAUGCGUAUCUACAAACAGAUUCCUCUUGAAGGUACUCGCCUUGACAGUGCGAGAGAACGGCAGAACCAGGCCUGCCCCCCUCGAAAGCAUACAGAAGUGGAGGCCUUGUUGCAUCUCACAGAGAUCCGAUCCGCUGCUGUCCCUGAGGUCCGUGGAUAUCAAACCAGCAAACAAGAAGCAGAUGAUCUUGUCCCCGGCGGAUACAUCAUCUAUCUGGUGUGGGAAGAGGUUAGCGGAUGUUCCCUCGAUCCCGAGUAUUUCUGGGGUGUUCCCUACAACAAGCGACAGGCUAUCCGUGAGAACUUCAAGAAGGCCUUCAGUGAAGUUAUAGGAGCUGGAUACCAGCCGGUACCUUCGGACCCGGCAAAGAUCAUAGUCAACAAGGACACAAAUGAUGUGUAUGUUCUACGCUGCCUAUUACAACCUCAUGCUAAUGACGCGUAG